GGGCAGUAGAAUUUGUGGCGGCAUCGGGUGCGGGGUGUUGUUGUAAGCGUGUACUGCGUUUCGUUAGGAACCCGGGCACAAAGCUGUUCAAAAAUGUCUGGUCGCGGACAGUUGUUCAUCGGCCGCUUGCCGUUGGACACCAGAGAAAGGGACGUGGAGCAAGUAUUUGAACGGUACGGUCGUCUUCUUCGGUGCGACGUCAAGUACGGCACCGGCAUGGCUUAUGCCUUUGUGGAUUACGAGGACCACCGAGACGCCGAGGACGCAGUCAAGUACGAGAACGGCCGGGAGAUCCGGGGCCAGAGCGUGGUGGUGGAGUGGGCCCGUGGGCCCUCCUUCCGGCCAUCAGCUGGCAAGCAAACUAGGCAGACACCAGACAGACCUCGGGACCGUAUGGGCUAUCAGAGCUUUGAUGAGUGCUACCGCUGCCGUCGGACUGGCCACUGGGCCCGUGACUGCCCAGAGCUGGACCACGAGAGAGCCCGCUACUACGGAGGAGGAGGUGGAGGAGGAGGACGCAGGAGCCGCAGCCGUAGUCGCAGCCGCAGCAGGAGUCGGAGUGGGCACAGGUCAUAUCGCGCCCGCGGUCGCCGCUCCCGAUCAAGGUCGUCGAGCCGCCGCCGCAGUUGGACUCGCACACCUUCGCCACGUGACAGCCGGAUGAGGGCGAAGUAAGCUACGCGACGCCAUAAAUGAGCACCGCUCUCGUCGGGAUGUCUCGGAAAAUGGUGGCCGCCGCAGUCCUAGCCCUGUCCGUCGAGGCAGCCGGAGCCAGUCACGCUGAUGUCUCUCCUCUGCGUGCAGUCGUCAUUGUCUUGUGUCUGCGGCAACAGUUCGAGUCUGGCUGUUGCAGCAAUAAAGUGUGUUGUGUUUGUUUGUGAAA